AUGCAGAAACCGGAGCUUCCCAGGGUCCCGACCCGCUCGUGCCACUGCGCUUGGCAGCUCUACAAACUGCGGCUCCGGCCGGUAGAACUACAGCGAUUCGUUAGUAAGCCUGAGCAGCGCAAUCUCCCAUACUGGCCUCGUCUGCACAUACCUGUGAGAGUGGAUAUAUCCGGCAAUGGGUCAAGACAUCCAUGGUUUGGCCGUCAAAUCUGUUGCUGCUCGUGGCUCGAGCAUCGCACCAUUUUUUGUUGGUUAUGCCCGAAAAUGUUGAACUUGGUAUAUAAGAGAGCACUCUUAGAUCUCGUCAGGCGUCUUGGCAGUAUUCUGUUUGAACCAGAUCUAGCAGAAGAGAUGUGUCUCCUCAAGAGUUUGAUUUACUAUACGCGUACCUUCCUGGCAGCAGCGAUUAUCUGCGGUGGUAGUGUGUUUGGGGUUGUCGCUGGGCUGGUAUGCACGGUGAUUGGCAAGCAGUAUUUGGCACAAUGGGCGACGGCUCGUUGUUUCUACUAUUCGAUGGCUCUGUUCUUUGGGAUCGAUGUGAGAGUCGAGAACGAACACUACCUGAAGGAUCUGCCCUGUGUGAUAAUCUCGAACCAUCAGAAUGCGUUGGAUAUCUUCAUGCUGGGGAGAAUGUUCCCCAGAGGAUGCACUGUGACGGCCAAGAAAUCUCUCAAAUACGUGCCCUUCCUGGGAUGGUUUAUGGCGCUGAGCGGGACUCUCUUCCUGGAGAGAAGCAACAGGGCCAAGAGCGUCGAGACCCUGAACCGCGGGCUGAAGAAUAUCAAGGAGAAGAAGAGAGCGCUGUGGAUUUUCCCCGAGGGCACCAGAUCGUACACUACCAAGUUGGAGAUGCUGCCCUUCAAGAAGGGAGCGUUCCACUUGGCACAGCAGGGCGGGCUGCCCAUCGUGCCCAUUGUUGUGUCGAACACAAGCACUCUGAUGAAUCCGAAGUUGAAGAUCUACAACAGAGGGUACAUUGUUGCGAAGGUGCUGAAGCCUAUCCCCACGGCGGAUUUGAAAAAGGAGGACGUCGGCAAGUUUAGCGAAAAGGUGAGAGAGAUGAUGGUCGCAGAGCUGCAGGACGUCGGCUAUUCGCCCGCUAUCAACGACACGGAUCUGCCAGCCGAGGCCAUCGAGUACGAAAAGAACCGCCAGCAGAUCGAGCACGACGAUGUGAGCGAAGCGCUCUCCAGCGAAAACAGCACCGAGAGGUCGACCGAAUCCAUUAAAGAGUUCUAA